AUGCCUUUCGCCAAUCUGUAUUGGUCGGCAGACUACCGACUGGGGAUCAAGGCUCUUACGGUGCAACUGCAGCAGUCGCUCAGACAACUACAUGAACUUCGAGACUUCGUAGCUCGCUAUACUACUCAUUUACGAUCCAAUAGUGUUUCACAAGAGAGAUUUGCAGAUGUAAUUGGCGGAAUUGGGGCCCCUUUUGAAACACCCACGGGCUCCAUAGGGUCACGCAGUGUUAGCGGAAGGGUGUUUAGUGGAACACGAGUCUCGCAGGGAAGUUUUUCUGAAAAAAAUUACAUCCUGAAUAAUUCAGAAGCUUAUGAAUCAGAAGACGAUAACAAGACUUUUUCAAAAUUGGAAUAUGAUAACAAGCGAACACCUUCACACUCUCGGACCUCUUCUACAAACAAAUCACCACCCAUAACGAUUGCCACUGCAACAGAAACAUACAGAAACGACUUUUUGGCCGAAUCGCGAUGCCUUGAAAUAUUGGCAGCGGCUCUCGACCGCCAGGUGCUUGAGGAGAUUAACAGCUUUAUUCGAGUGUAUGAACCGGUGGUUAGAGCAGCCAUUGAGACAUUUGAACAACUUUAUGAUGAACAGAACCAAUUAUCAGUACUGGUCGAAAAAUUAAGAAUAGACUACAACGAAGCUCGACGCAAAAGUGAACUAGGCAAAGAGGCCCCCAAAGCAAAUACGGUGGUGGUCCAGGAAGCGUCGGAUGACGAGGCUGAAAAUAGUGAGCUGCUGCCGUCUCCUCAGCUUAUCGCCUCUGGAACUUAUCUCAGCAAGCUCUCUCCACAAAAACUCUCGUCGCUCGUCGAGGACAUGAUUGAAUCGAUUCCAAGUCUGAAGAGGUCUUUCCCACUCCCAGGCCACUCUAAUACCGUAAUAUCCAGCGAGCUGCUCUGUGCGUGGCUUACAAAGAAUCGACCUUGUGCCUUGAAUCCUACCAUGAGAGAAUUGGAGCAUUUUGGUCAAGAACUCGUGGACGCAAAACUCUUGGUAGGUACAUUCUUGGGUGCCAAAAAGUUUCGAAGUAAAGGUAUGUGGUUCGAAUGGUCAGAUCUUGCACACUAUGUUGCCGGGGAUCUGCAGCCAAGCACUGCUCCAUCGGCUGAUAACAAGCGCUGGCUAGAUACAACCAAACGAUUCAAUUCACUCGUGGUCAACAUGUCCACGAUGCUCGGCGGUAAUAUCGAUCAAGCUGAGUCUCAGGUACAGCAACGAUAUGAUGAAACGUAUAUUCAGCUUCAACGAACUCGCCAUAGGCUCAUUGAGGAAUUUAAUCAUAAAGCACAAACUUUAGAGCGGUUUGAAAAAUUACGGAUCGAGCUAAUUUACCAAUCCUUAACUCGAAUGCUGGAAGCUGUCUACAAUUCAUCAUUAGCCUCAUCAAAACGUCUUCAUGAACUCGCAACCACUUUCAUCUCCUCCAUCAACAAGCCUCAAAAUUAUCAAGCUGAGUUUGAAUUGCUUGAGUCAAACAAUAGCACUGGGAUCUUCUUCCCAUCUGUUGUCGCGGGACUGGAUCCUCAUCGAACAACCUACAACUACUUUCAGAACAUCAAGCAUCAGUUCAAUUUGUACAAAGACAUUCCAUUACAGAUUCCCGUGGAAGGGGAUCUCUUGAGCUUUGCAUCCCUUCCUUUGUUCCUUUAUCGUACAACAAGUAUCAUUGAGGAGAAGGAUGAUGGUACUGCAAAAGAUUUGUGGCAUGCUCCUCUCGACCACCAUUCGUACUGGCAACUAAAGGAAAAAAUUCUUUCACUUAUAAGUCAGUAUGACAAGCCAGAUAUGACUCUCGAUGCAAAUGCGAGCGAUAGGUCUGUAAUGGAGCCCAUUCUACUAGUGCUCGAGCUGUCGCUGCUUGCCAAUGUCAUCAAUUUUGUCAAAAAUUGGCUUAUGGAAAUCAGCGAUUCCGUUAUACCGUUCAUGGUAUACGACGGGUUGGUUUCCAGCUACACCCAUGAGCGUAACGACACUUUGCGCAUUCUCUUGACAAUCCCACGAAGCAAUUUGAGUUCGCUUGUGCAUCUUCUCGAGCAUAUUUGCUGUGUGUUUGGUUUGAGUCAAAUUCCCAACUACAGCUUCUCUGAUACCGUGGACCGUGAUUUGGUUGCGCCCAACGAUGAGGACAAAAUAAAGCAAGUAUCGAGUACCUUGAACGAUAUGUCCGCCAUAGGAGCGGUUCCAUUCGUUCACAUUAUUUUGCGUCCCUCUUUGUCAAAGGCGAGUUCCGGCUUUAAGCCACCCAUUGACAUUUACCAACGGCUAUUGAGCGACUUAUUGGAUGUCGAUUUGCGGGUACAAUUGUUCGAAAGCUUGGUGGAGAGCGAAAAGAAAUAUCGAACUAAGAAGGAGAACACCCGCCUUGGCUUGAAAAAAAACCGUAACUUAACACCACCCAGAGAUGAAUUGCGUCUACCAGAACUCAAGAGCCCGCAUCCUGUGGCAGCAGAUAACUUUACCUUGAGACCUUUCAGAACUGGUACCACUCCCAUACCUUCACCUGUUAGUUCUCCAGGGCGAGAGAUUGUAGUCAAAAAGAUAAGAGAACUGCAUCAUUAA